AUGUUCUUGCUAGCGCUUUCAGCGCUGCAGAAUGUCACUGAGAAUAACGAUAACUCAUAUUUUCGGGUUGCCGGCAUCCAUGGAUAUCCUUUUGCGCCCUGGCAGGAGGACCCAGGCUUCGUUCCGGCAAAUCCGAAUCGGGGCUAUUGCACACACUCGAGUGCUCUUUUCACGACAUGGCACCGCCCAUAUCUCGUUCUUCUCGAACAAAUGCUCUGUGACCAAGCCAGAUCCAUCGCGCAACAAUUCCAGGGAUACGACGCCGGAAGAUGGCAAGCAGCCGCUGAAGAAGUAAGGCUUCCAUACUGGGACUGGUCAUCGACAACCACUCAAUCGCGCAUUCCAGCAGCUCUCAAGCAGCCCUCCAUUUCAGUUAACACGCCCAGCGGCCAAGCAACCAUUGCCAAUCCAAUGUAUAGCUAUAAAUUCCUCAGCCCGCAGCCGGCUGCAUCAGGGUUCGGACCUCAGACUGUUCAAGGCGCUGGUGACGAUGAAUUGUUUUCGUCCUUCGAGUCUCGGCGCCAAGCCACACUCAAUAUGUUCACUGGUACCGAUUACAACCAAUUCAACAUCGAGCUUGAGAACAUACACAACACUAUCCACGUGCAAAUCGGCGGAGACAUGGUCUUUGUGCCUCGAUCUGGUUAUGUUCCCAUCUUCUUCCUGCACCAUGCCAAUGUCGAUCGAUUGACUGCCAUGUAUCAAGCCACCCACCCUGGUUUGACCUUAACGCCAAGAAGGCGUAGUCCAACCUUUGCUCUGGGUGGUGCCGGCCCGGACGAUCUGAACACUCCACUCUACCCUUUCCGGCAUCCAGACCGGAGGCUGUGGACUUCGAAUGAUGUUUCAACUGCAGAAAGCAUAUUUACCUAUGGCUACUCAUAUCCAGACGUACCACAAGGUCUCCCGAGGCAAGAAUUGCAAUCCUUCACCACUGAGAGGGUGAAUGAGCUCUACGCACCACAACCAGCUAGUCCAGCUCUGGCCAGAUUCUUCACAGGCGACGAAUCUGGUGUUCCAGGAUCACCGACCACACGUCUCGAAUGGUCUGCCAAUGUGCAAGUGCGGGGUAAUGAAGUGGUCGGCUCAUUCCGUAUUCAGGUCUUCAUUGACGCGUUUCUUGCCGGUGUUGCCUCCAACUUUGCAGAUGCGAGGAUGCCCAUGUCCACUCCCAACGAUCAAAUCAAUGCCUCCCUUCCCCUCACACCGACUCUAGUCAGGCAGAAUGUAGGGCUAAGUCCGGACGAAACUGUACCGGUGCUUGAGGAAAAACUCAAAUGGGUUGUCGAACGGAGAACGGACGAUGGCACUGCCUUCAUACCCAUCAGUACCGCCGAUCUAAGCAGUCUCGUAGUCAGUGUGUUCAGCAAUGAGGCUGAUUAUCCGACAGAUACGUCCCAGCUGCCGACCAAGGGAGAACCUGUGACAUACUAUGAGCCUACUGCAGGCAAGGUCGGAGGCCUCCAACCCGGACAGGGGCCAACGGUUGGAGUCCAGACGGGGAACGGUAAUGGGACAAGCCCGGCAUCCACGAGAAUGAGGAAAGUAAGGCUCUAA